AUGCGGGAGCGGCAGCAGGGGCAGCGAUGCGCUCCCCCUUCCCGCGCCUGCGGUGCCUGGCAGAGCCCCUGCCGGCGCUCCCGCUUCCCGCGCCUGCGGUGCCUGGCAGAGCCGCUGCCGGCCGGUAAUAUCAUUGGUUCUGGGAUCUUUAUUUCACCAAAAGGAGUCUUGGAGCACACAGGCUCAGUGGGACUUGCUCUCAUUAUUUGGGUGCUUGGUGGUGGGGUGGCUGCCCUUGGCUCACUGUGUUACGCUGAACUGGGAGUCACUAUCCCCAAAUCAGGAGGGGAUUAUUCCUACGUCACAGAGAUCUUUGGUGGGUUAGCUGGGUUUCUGCUGCUAUGGAGUGCGGUCCUUAUCAUGUACCCAACCAGUCUGGCCGUCAUUUCGCUGACCUUCUCAAACUAUGUCCUGCAGCCUGUGUUCCCUAACUGUAUCCCCCCCUAUAAUGCCUCCAGGAUCCUCUCCAUGGUGUGUUUACUCCUCCUGACCUGGGUGAACAGCUCCAGCGUUCGAUGGGCAACGCGCAUUCAGGAUAUAUUUACAGCAGGAAAACUCUUAGCCCUGGCCCUCAUCAUUAUUGUGGGCUUCAUACAGAUUUUUAAAGGAAACUACAAAGAGCUGACACCCAGCAACGCGUUCAACUUUUGGAUGACUCCAUCAGUGGGGCACUUAGCAUUAGCUUUUCUUCAAGGGUCAUUUGCAUUCAGUGGCUGGAACUUCUUGAACUAUGUAACAGAAGAACUGGUUGAUCCCUGCAGGAACCUUCCUCGUGCCAUAUUCAUAUCCAUCCCAUUGGUGACGUUUGUGUAUACGUUCACCAACAUUGCAUAUUUCACUGCCAUGUCACCCCAAGAGCUCUUGUCCUCCAACGCUGUGGCGGUAACAUUUGGUGAAAAGUUACUGGGCUAUUUUUCCUGGGUUAUGCCAGUCUCAGUGGCCCUAUCUACAUUUGGAGGAAUAAAUGGAUACCUUUUUACCUCAUCAAGGUUAUGUUUCUCCGGCGCUCGAGAAGGUCAUUUGCCAAGUUUGCUUGCCAUGAUCCAUGUCAAGCACUGCACGCCCAUCCCAGCCCUGCUCGUCUGUUGUUUGACCACUCUUAUCAUCAUGCUUGUUGGAGACACAUACACGCUAAUCAACUACGUGUCAUUUAUUAACUACCUCUGCUAUGGAGUGACAAUUAUAGGCCUGAUCGUGUUACGCUGGAAGAAACCCAAAAUCUUCAGACCUAUCAAGGUGAACCUCCUCAUCCCCAUCACCUACCUGGCAUUUUGGGCAUUUCUGCUGAUCUUCAGCUUAUACUCUGAGCCAGUCGUCUGUGGAGUUGGACUCAUUAUCAUUUUAACUGGAGUGCCAGUAUUUUUUCUUGGAGUCUACUGGAGAAAUAAACCAAAGUGUGUAAAUAGGCUAAUAGAGUCCACGACGCGCUGGGGUCAGAAGCUGUGCUUUGUGGUGUACCCUCAGGGGGGAGUUGCCGAGGAGGAGGAGGCGGCCUCGGCCCGCGCGCCCGCGGGGAAGUGA